GCGAAAUCAAAAUUUCCUCCCCAAAUCCCAUAUUCUUCGAAGAUUUAAUUCCAGAGAGGUCACGUGCUAUCACAUCCAAUUCAUCAGGGAAGAAUCAAAGAGUGUAAGAACGAAAGUCACGUGCCUAAAAAUGGCGGCCUCAUCUCCAGCCUUGACAAAAAGCAUCGGCGAAACAACCGCCAUUUCUACUAAGUCGACGCCGACAGCUACAGCUGCUGCGGCGGUAGCGUCGAUACCUAUUCCUCCUCCGUUUCAGCGUAUGGAUACUCCGCCUAAGACACAGCGGGGUCUUAAUAAGCCCAAAUGUAUUCAGUGUGGCAAUGUUGCCCGCUCCAGGUGUCCGUUUCGCUCAUGCAAGAGUUGUUGCUCAAAAGCACAAAAUCCAUGCCAUAUACAUGUUCUAAAGUCAAAUUCAGCUUUUCCAGAGAAAACACUGACAACAAGCACUCCAUCACCAGACCAGAAGUCAACUCAGGCUUCUUCUCAAGUGACUUCCUUAAGGGUUCCCUCGUAUCGGCAACUUUCCAAUGCUUUUGCACAGUUUGACAAUCUGCAGGUUCGCACAAAGAAACACCUGACCAGAAAGGACGCUAUUGCCUUAAAUGAGUGGAGGUUUUCCAAGUUGAAGGAAUUCAGGGACAGAAAUAUUGAAAUCGAAAACGAUGCUUUUGACCGGUACAUGCAGAAUAUUAGUUUACUUGAGGUAGUCCUUUUUACAGAACAGAUGGAUGAAGGGUCUGAACCUAGCCCCACUUCACAGGAAGGUGAGACUUCGGUGAUGACUUCAGGUAUGAAGUUGACACUAAGAUCGAAUCCUGUGAGAACUAAUAAUGCCAGAAAGAGGAUACAGCAAAUUGUUGAUCAGGGAAUAAAAAAGCUGAAGAAAAGUGAACCUCAUGAUGGUUCUUCUGAUCCAGACGACCAAAAUAAACUCGAUAAUAUGUUGAACAAGGAAAAAUCCUUUUGGGUUGAGAGGUCUUCAAUGUUAAGUGAUAUUGUCGACAAGUUGAACAAAGCUCGAAAUGAAGAGGAUAUAAAAUAUUGUCUAGAGAUGAAAGCGCAACUUUACAAUCAAAGCACAAUGUCUACUCCAACAGAAACUAAAGAUCUCGAAGCAUUGAAUGAGCAGGGUCCAAAGAACAAUGUAACUCCAGGACAGGUAGCUAAUUAUCCAUGGCGAAAAUUGUUUACACCAAUUGAAAUUGAUCAAGAAACUCUCAACAAAGUUGAUGCACAUUUCUCUUCCCUGGAGCAGAUUGAAGACUUAUAACUGUAAGCAGUAUUAUUCUCUCAAAGACAGAUUAGUCUUAGGUUAACCUGUUAAGUUAUGAUUCGGGGUGAUUGUCUGAAUUUUCCUCCCAUCCUUAGGCUUAGUAACAAUGGCUUAAAUUUAGCCGAGUUAGUUCAUACAACCAUUCUAGAAAGUGACAUUUAGUAGGUCUAGAGUUUAAAUUCCAUCGUCUAUAAGUUUUUCUUGGGUAAAGUACAGAAAUGGUCCC